CUGCUCUUCUGCUCUUCAAAAAUCAUUAAUUUCUUCCAAUAAACUUUACAAUAUUGUAACUGCUGCUUUUGAAAGUAUGAGUGCACCUGUACAUAGACUGUUUGUCGUGGGCGGAACCGGCUUUAUCGGGCAGGCGAUCUGCCACAGCGCACUGGCACGAGGCUGGGAGGUGCUCAGUCUCAGCCGCCAUGGAGCGCCCACCAGAUCAACAUCACCAAGCUCGGUUUCGACAGCAAACACCGGCAUCCAAUGGAUCAAGGGCGACGCGCUUAAGCCUGAAACCUUCCAAGAGCACCUGGUCGGGUGUACUGCUGUUGUGCACUCCGUCGGCGUGCUAAUGGAGAAUAGCUACAAGAAGUUUAUAAACAUGGGCUGCGGCGGCAACAGCAACCCUGCCACAGCACAUCAGCAGGAGCAGGAGCAUACUAUUACGUACGAGAUGGCCAACCGCGACACGGCUCUCUCUGUGGCGCGUGCUGCCAGAGAGGUGCCGGGUGUCGAAGCCUUUGCCUAUAUUUCGGCCAGUGACGUGCUUCCUUUUCUCGACUCGCGGUACAUUUCCACGAAGCGCCAGGUGGAGAACGAUCUGAUUGAACAUUCUGAUCGCAUGCGCCCGAUCAUUUUGCGUCCCGGGUUUAUUUAUUCGCAGGCACGCCCGAUCACGAUUCCGAUUGCCGCUGGAGUUCGCGCUUUCAAUGCCGUAUUCCACCGGACGCCUGUCGGAUGUUUGCUCAAGAGCACACCUCUUGCAAAGGCUGCCAGCCCGGCACUUUGUCGCGAGGUGGUGGCCAGCGCUGUUGUCAGCGCAAUUGGAAACAAGCACAUAUCUGGCAUUCUGGGCAUCGAGGAUAUUGAGCGCAUAGGAAAUAGAGUUUAAUGUGUCGAUUUGAAUAACGAACAGGCAGCAGCUGCAAGCCUAGAGUCAAAAUGGUGCGUUCAAGCAUGGAUAAUGUGCUACUUUGUGUUUUCGUUUUUUAAAUAGUUUGCUUUCAAUAUAACCAAGCGAUGUUCGUGGUCGUAUUUGU